CUCUCCCCAGUCUUCUGUCAGUAUUAGUUGUUUUAUCUUUAUCUUUCCUGUCUCCUCUCCUCCCCGUUUCCCCUCUCACUCUCUCUCUCUCUCUCUCUCUCUCUCUCUCUCUCUCUCUCUCUCUCUCUCUCUCUCUCUCUCUCCAGUCUUCUGUCAGUAUUAGUUGUUUUAUCUUUCCUGUCUCCUCUCCUCCCCGUUUCCCCCCCCUCUCUCUCUCUCUCUCUCUCUCUCUCUCUCUCUCUCUCUCUCUCUCUCUCUCUCUCCCCAGUCUUCUGUCAUUAUUUCCACAUGUUAAUAAAUGUAGAAUCUCUAAACAAACCCUCUCUGUCUCGUUUAUUUGACACAUUUUUAAAGAUUUUAUACACACAGGAGAAAAAAUAACUGAGACAUUAGGAGGAGAGAAGUGUGACAAACUAAACGAACCUCAAAUAUAAUUCAAGGAUGGGAAUCAGACUCCUAUUGCACAGCAUUGUCACCCAUUCCAGGUUUUACUACCAGCUUGGUAAAGCAUAGGGAAGCAUUGUAAAGCACAGAGAGGUGUGGUAAAGCAUAGGGAAGCAUUGUAAAGCACAGAGAGGUCUGGUAAAGCAUAAGGAAGCAUUGUAAAGCACAGAGAGGUCUGGUAAAGCAUAGGGAAGCAUUGUAAAGCACAGAGAGGUCUGGUAAAGCAUAGGGAAGCAUUGUAAAGCACAGAGAGGUCUGGUAAAGCAUAGGGAAGCAUUGUAAAGCACAGAGAGGUCUGGUAAAGCAUAGGGAAGCAUUGUAAAGCACAGAGAGGUCUGGUAAAGCAUAGGGAAGCAUUGUAAAGCACAGAGAGGUCUGGUAAAGCAUAGGGAAGCAUUGUAAAGCACAGAGAGGUGUGGUAAAGCAUAGGGAAGCAUUGUAAAGCACAGAGAGGUCUGGUAAAGCAUAGGGAAGCAUUGUAAAGCACAGAGAGGUCUGGUAAAGCAUAGGGAAGCAUUGUAAAGCACAGAGAGGUUUGGUAAAGCAUAGGGAAGCAUUGUAAAGCACAGAGAGGUCUGGUAAAGCAUAGGGAAGCAUUGUAAAGCACAGAGGUCUGGUAAAGCAUAGGGAAGCAUUGUAAAGCACAGAGAGGUCUGGUAAAGCAUAGGGAAGCAUUGUAAAGCACAGAGAGGUCUGGUAAAGCAUAGGGAAGCAUUGUAAAGCACAGAGAGGUCUGGUAAAGCAUAGGGAAGCAUUAUAAAGCACAGAGAGGUCUGGUAAAGCAUAGGGAAGCAUUGUAAAGCACAGAGAGGUCUGGUAAAGCAUAGGGAAGCAUUGUAAAGCACAGAGAGGUCUGGUAAAGCAUAGGGAAGCAUUGUAAAGCACAGAGAGGUCUGGUAAAGCAUAGGGAAGCAUUGUAAAGCACAGAGAGGUGUGGUAAAGCAUAGGGAAGCAUUGUAAAGCACAGAGAGGUCUGGUAAAGCAUAGGGAAGCAUUGUAAAGCACAGAGAGGUCUGGUAAAGCAUAGGGAAGCAUUGUAAAGCACAGAGAGGUCUGGUAAAGCAUAGGGAAGCAUUGGAAAGCACAGAGAGGUCUGGUCAAGCAUAUGAAAAAACAGUGUAAAAGUGUCCCACAGUAAAAUAAAGAUUAAACAUGGUAAUCCGGGGUAAACGAUGGUAAAUGCAUACCAUAGCCGUACCUAAUGAGAUAAAUAAAUAUCUGAGGGCUGGGUCGCUCGUUAAAAUAUUUUGUGGAUAUUUUUUAAGAAGAGGUUUGCGUAAAAUAUUCAGGGAUAGCAAGAUAUGUAUCGAGAAAAGUCUGAAAAUCGAUUAAAAACGAACAACAAUUUAAUAUUAUAAUUCUCUCUCGACCGGCGUUUAUUUAUUUCGUUGCCAGGGGCCUGUCACGUGACUAGUUGCUACGCAACCAACCCUGCCUGUUACCUUGACAACAAACACAGCUGAGUCGAGAGCGAGAGAUAAACACGCCGUUAUUUACUUUAAGCACAUAUAAUUGAUCAAUGUAAUCUAAUUAAUCUUUUGUUUUUUCUAUCAUUAUUAUCUGAGAAAUAUCACCCGGAGAUGUUUGAGGCCUCGGAGUCAAAAAGGCACGACCUGCCGCUUACAAGCUCUGGAAUCGGGCACCGCUAUCAACCGAAGCCGCCUUGUCCAGCGGAGCGUUUACGAUCCUCCCUCCCUGCAGUUCUCCCUCCUCACCUCCAGGGGUCUCCACUUGUCUCCGCCUUAGACGAGGUCGCUAACCGUUUCCACACCACGUCGCGCACUGCGCACGACAGGAAGCGUGUGGGCGGGCCCUUAGCCCAGCCUCACCACCCCAGGGCGCUUCCUCAUUGGACGCUGAGCAGCGUUGGCGAGUUGGAGGACAGGCUGAGGGGCAGGGGGCUGGGAGGGGGGGUGCGCUGGGUCAGCGAGUUCCGGGACAAAUUCCAGGGAGAGGCCCCCCCUCCUCCCGGGAACGGGGUGACACUGAGAGCCCGUCAACGUGAACUCUACAACCAUCACAGAACCGGACCAUCGCAGACAGUAGUUGCUAGCACGUUGAAUCAGGCGCUGGCUGGACGGCCGUUCCAGGCUUCCGACCGUGGGGUCCUCGUGCUGAACGAACCCUAUCUCACCGUCACUAACAAGGACUUCAGAAAAUUCCACAGGGAUGAACUGUACGGACCAAUCAAAAGCUUCCAGACCGACUUCUUCAGCCCCACGGACCGCCCACUGGGCAGGGCUUCCAGACCUGCCCCCGCCCCUUUCCACGAGGCCACGCCCACCGGGCAAUGCUUCCCUUGUUUGGCUCUCAAAACGAUCCCGGUGCCCCACAAGGGGCUAAAGCCCCUAACCCAAGACUCGUAUUCCUCUCCUGAGCACCCCAGCAGGGUGCAGGAUCGCUACUGUCCCGUAGACACCCCCUGGGGCCUGCCGCGGCAGGGGGUGGUCCCCGAAAUCAUGGGGAUCCCCAAAAUGUACGAGACGGAGUACAGGGUGUAUGGCUCCCAACGUCCCAUAGCUGUGUGAAUUAAAAUCCAUUCUUUCACCUCUUAUUAGCUUUAUUAACAGGAUCACUGACCCCUCCCUUUAAAGGAGCGCUGACCAUCUUUAAAAUCCAUUCUCUCACCUCUUAUUAGCUUUAUUAACAGGAUCACUGGCCCCUCCCUUUAAAGGAGCGCUGACCAUCUUUAAAAUCCAUUCCCUCACCUCUUAUUAGCUUUAUUAACAGGAUCACUGGCCCCUCCCUUUAAAGGAGCGCUGACCAUCUUUAAAAUCCAUUCUCUCACCUCUUAUUAGCUUUAUUAACAGGAUCACUGGCCCCUCCCUUUAAAGGAGCGCUGACCAUCUUUAAAAUCCAUUCUCUCACCUCUUAUUAGCUUUAUUAACAGGAUCACUGACCCCUCCCUUUAAAGGAGCGCUGACCAUCUUUAAAAUCCAUUCUCUCGCCUCUUAUUAGCUUUAUUAACAGGAUCACCGACCCCUCCCUUUAAAGGAGCGCUGACCAUCUUUAAAAUCCAUUCUCUCACCUCUUAUUAGCUUUAUUAACAGGAUCACUGACCCCUCCCUUUAAAGGAGCGCUGACCAUCUUUAAAAUCCAUUCUCUCACCUCUUAUUAGCUUUAUUAACAGGAUCACUGACCCCUCCCUUUAAAGGAGCGCUGACCAUCUUUAAAAUCCAUUCUCUCACCUCUUAUUAGCUUUAUUAACAUGAUCACUGACCCCUCCCUUUAAAGGAGCGCUGACCAUCUUUAAAAUCCAUUCUCUCACCUCUUAUUAGCUUUAUUAACAGGAUCACUGACCCCUCCCUUUAAAGGAGCGCUGACCAUCUUUAAAAUCCAUUAUCUCGCCUCUUAUUAGCUUUAUUAACAGGAUCACUGACCCCUCCCUUUAAAGGAGCGCUGACCAUCUUUAAAAUCCAUUCUCUCACCUCUUAUUAGCUUUAUUAACAGGAUCCCUGGCCCCUCCCUUUAAAGGAGCGCUGACCAUCUUUAAAAUCCAUUCCCUCACCUCUUAUUAGCUUCAUUAUUAUUAUUAUUAUUAUUAUUUAUUUCUUAGCAGACGCCCUUAUCCAGGGCGACUUACAAUUGUUACAAGAUAUCACAUUAUUUUUACAUACAGUUACCCAUUUAUACAGUUGGGUUUUUACUGGAGCAAUCUAGGUAAAGUACCUUGCUCAAGGGUACAGCAACAGUGUCCCCUACCAGGGAUUGAACCCACAACCCUCCGGUCAAGAGCCCAGAGCCCUAACCACUACUCCACACUGCUGCCCAGCAGUGUUCAUUAACUGUAGAGUUAAUUGAAUUAAAAGGGUCUCAUGAAGCACACGAUCAGUUCAAUGAAGGGUCUAGUUCAGUAAUUGAGAGAUUGGUUGCAAUAUAAGCCUGCAGACACAGGGGGACCCCAGAACUGGGGUUGGGAAACACUGCCCCCUAGUGUACAGGGUUGGAGUAGGCGAUAGAGCAUCUUCAUUCAAUGCAUUAACUCCUGAGGUCAGUCCUGAAUCAAAAACAAAUGUUCACAGUGCGACUGAUUUUCUAAAAAUCUAUUAAAUAAAUGUGUUAUUUUCCAGAA